GGGUACGCUAUCAGAAUGGAAGGAUUACAGCGGACUUUGACAGGAAUGAUAUCGAAACUUCGCUCACAUCGGAAACAGUUAUACAGAAAGUAAGUGCACAGUCGUAUAAUGUGGUGUACAUUAUAUUACGAAAAUAUUAUUAUAAUUUUUGUCUCAUGUAAUAGUAUUGGUAUAGUUGGUAAUUAAAAAAAAGAGGAUGGAGACAGCAAACAUAUGUAAAAUCAAACCACGUUCCUCUUGUGAAAUCAAACCACGUUCCUCUUGUGAAAUCAAACCACGUUCCUCUUGUGAAAUCAAACCACGUUCCUCUUGUGAAAUCAAACCACGUUCCUCUUGUGAAAUCAAACCACGUUCCUCUUGUGAAAUCAAACCACGUUCGUCUUGUCGUUCUCUCGGAUGCAACAUUUCAGUUGCGUUUUUCUUGUUGUGUUUGUGUUAGUGUUUGUUUGCAUGGUGAAGGCUUCUUGUCGACACGUUCGUUGUUUUCUUGCGUUCAUUUUAUUUGUUCAGGUUUUCUCAUUUCUUGUUGAACAUAUUUCCUGGUAUUCUUGGAAAGGUUACCAUAUCAUGGCAUUUAUCAUCAUAUAUUUCCUAGCAUUUAUCAUCCUAUAUUUCCUAUCAUUUAUCAUCCUAUAUUUCCUAUCAUUUAUCAUCCUAUAUUUCCUAUCAUUUAUCAUCCUGUAUUUCCUAUCAUUUAUCAUCCUAUAUUUCUUAGCAUUUAUCAUCCUAUAUUUCCUAUCACUUAUCAUCCUAUAUUUCCUAUCAUUUAUCAUCCUAUAUUUCCUAGCAUUUAUCAUCCUAUAUUUCCUAGCAUUUAUCAUCCUAUAUUUCCUAUCAUUUAUCAUCCUAUAUUUCCUAGCAUUUAUCCUCUUAUAUUUCCUAGCAUUUAUCAUCCUAUAUUUCCUAGCAUUUAUCAUCCUAUAUUUCCUAGCAUUUAUCAUCCUAUAUUUCCUGGCAUUUAUCAUCCUAUAUUUCCUAGCAUUUAUCAUCCUAUAUUUCCUAGCAUUUAUCAUCCUAUAUUUCCUAGCAUUUAUCAUCCUAUAUUUCCUAGCAUUUAUCAUCCUAUAUUUCCUAGCAUUUAUCAUCCUAUCUAAAAGUGAAAAGGUGUUGGUUUGUUUCUGGCGGUGUCUGUUUGUUCCACAAAGGAUUUUACAUGGAUUGAUGGAUCUUGACCAAACUUAGCAUAUAUAUCCAUCAUUAUCCAGAAGGGACUCUUAAUGGGUUAUAAUAUUUUUAUAACAUUCCGUUUAGGGCCGGGGGCCCCAACUUAUUUUUUUUUCUUAUAUGCGCUUUAUACAUAAAAUUAAUAACAAAUACUCCUACAUACAUUGAUGGAUCUUGACCAAACUUAGUACACAUACACUUAAUUAUCAAUACUCAAAUACCAAAAGGUACUGAACUCAUGAUAUUCAUCCCUCUGGGGCCGGGGCCCCAUUCCAUUUUUUCUUAUAUAAGCUCUAUAAAUACCAAUAGGCUUAAUACUCCUACAGGAAUAGAUGGAUCUUGACCAAACUUAUUAACACAGACACUUAAUCAUCCAUAUUCAAAUACCGAAUGGUGCCGAACUUAUAAUAUCCAUUCCUCAGGGGACUGGGGCCCCAUUUAAUUUUUCCUCACAUAAGCUAUAUAAUUAUCAAUAGGCUUAGACAACACUAUAGGUUCUAUGUGCAUUUUAGGUUAUAGGCAUAGCGUGGUAGCAAUACACUUUUUGUCCGUAUUGAAAUAUCGGUGGAUUUAAAGCUAAGAAAAUCCAAUCUAGAAUUUUCCAGAAAGCUCGAUAAUUUUAAAAAGCUAUAUCUAUGGCAUUUUAAAGUAGAUUUUAAUGGGACAAUUUUAAAUUUUAACUUUAUUAUUUAUCUGGCUGACUUUAUAGGGCCCCCUAUCUCAGGCAUAAGUAUAUCGUUACAGUUAUGGAAUGGGCCCCCGGGGCCCCUCGAUUAACUUAAAAUAAAAAUUAUUAUAAAUAUUGCAUUUGUUGAAGAUUUUUAUCGUAUUUGAAAAAUAAUUAGAUAAGUAAUUUUUACACAUGUUUUGAGCACGUUAUUAAAUUUAAUCUAGAAUAUUCCAGAAAGUUCUGAAUUUUCCAAGGGGUCUGAGAGAUUAUUGAAAUUUUAUGUAAUUCUAUUCAUUUCUAUACUCUCCCGGAGUUUACUGUUCUUUCGGUAACCCUGAGUAAUUUUUUCAUGCGGGAUCCCAAAUGGGUCGGGAUCAAUGUUCCCUCUAAGGUUUGCUGGUUCAUGUGCAAAAUCAUACAAUUGUGUGCAAAGUUUUACAGCAUCAAUUUUUUUGUGUGCAAAAUUUUACAACCCACAAACACAAACGCACAUGGAGAUUUUUCUGCGCGGAUACUCAAAACUGCUGCGCAGCGUCUAUGAGUUAGCUGCGCGGCCGCGCAGCCGCGUAGCUUAAAGUGAACAUUGGUCGGGAUCCCAUCAUAAUCUUUAUCCCAACGGGAACAGGAUCCACCCAGAAAACGGGAUCCCACCGGGAUUGGAUGCUAAACUUGAAUGGAUCCGCCGGGAUCGAGAUCACACCGGAAACGGGACUGCGCCGAGAUCGGUGUUAGAAUGGGAUCGGGGUCCCAAUGGGAUUAGGGGUGACACAUGAGGUCCUAAAGCAAUUUCGGGCCACGCCGGGUAUAUAGGCUAGUAUAUAUAUAUAUAUAUAUAUAUAUAUAUAUAUAUAUAUAUAUAUAUAUAUAUAUAUAUAUAUAUAUAUAUAUACAUAAGUGAACGUUUGUGGAUUUGUUCCACAUACGUUUUCAUAUGGAUUGAUGGAUCUUGACCACUCCUGGCAUAUAUAUCCAAUAUUAUCUGGAAGGAACUCUUGGGGGUUUAUGAACUUUUUAUAACAUUCCAUUUGGGCCCAGGGGCCCCGAAUUCAUUUUUUUUCUUUUAUGAGCUAUGUAAAUAAAAUCACCAAUAAAUACUCCAACAUAAAUAAAUGGAUCUUGACCAAAGCUAGUACAAAUACACUUGAUUAUCCUUAUUCAAAUACGGAAGGGAAAUGAACUCAUAAUAUCCACUCCUUUGGCGCCAGGGACCCCAUUUAAUUUUUCCUAAUAUAAGCUAUAUAAACAUCAAUAGACUUAGACAACGCUAUAGGUUCUUUGUCAAUUGAUGGAUCUUCUUCUUCUUCUAUAUCUUAAGGGCCCACGAUCAAUUUAUUGAUCAUUUUGGCUCCUAUGCAUGUAGAUGGGAUUUGCAAUGUUUCUGUUACUGGUGGUGAUGAGGAAAUUAUGCACUAGGGUCCCUGAUUGUCUUGGGCAGGAAUGAGCUGCUCCUAUACUGGCUUCUUGCUGGUAUGAGCCUGAAUUGCCUGUCAUGGCCUCGUCGCUGUCUAUGGGGGAGAGGGACGAGUUUCUGUUUAAUACUGGAUCUAGGCCUAGCUUUACAGCAAUACACCGCUAAAUCAAUAAUAAAAUAUUGUGGAUUUAAAAUUUAAAAAAUAUCCAAUUCAUUCAUAGCCGGUCUAGAAUUUUCUAGAAAUUUUGACAAUAUAAAAGAGCUAUAUCUAUAACAUUUUUAAACCGAUUUUAAUGUGACAACCUUUAAACGUAUUAUUUAUCUGAGUGAUUUUAUAGCACCCCCACCCCCACCCCCCAUCCUCCCGGAUCUCAGACAAAACUAAAUCGGUACAAUUAUGGAAUGGGUCCCUUCCGAGCCCCUCUUUCAAUUUAAAUGUACUAGAGUUAUAGUAAUAUAAUAAAUUUUAUAAGUUUUCGUAUUCGAAAAAUAAUUACCUAGAAAUGUAAUUUUUAAACGUGUCAAGGAGUAUAUUAAAUUUAAUCUAGAAUGUUCCAGAACGUUCUAAAUGGUUCUACAGGGAUAUAUAAUGGGAUCUAAAAGCCUACUGAAAUGUUAAGGAAACGUGAUGUCAUCGGAGUUGAGGUUCCCGUCGUGAAACGGGAUCCAACCAGAAAAUAGGAUCCCUCGGGAUCGGGAUCCCACCGGUAUCAGAAUCCCACCGGGACCGGGAUCCUAUUGUUAAACGGGAUUCCACUGGGAUUGGGAUCCUACCGGGAUCGGGAUCUUACCGGGAUCCGGAUCCUACCGGGAUCGGGAUCCUACCUGGAUCGGGAUCCUACCGAGAUUGGGAUCCUACCGGGAUCGGGAUCCCACCGGGAAACGGGAUACUGACUGGAUCGGGAUUGGGGUACUGACUCGAUCGAGAAACUGCCUUUCUCGAUAAACACAUAUCUCACAUUUGUCGUUCAGCAUACACCACUAUCCGCCAGAUCAGCUCCAUACGCCACUACCUCACAGUUAGCGCUACAAAAACUCUAGUCUGUGCUCUUGUUCUGUCUCGUCUUGACUAUUGCAACUCUCUUCUGUCAGGUGCACCAAAACACUGCAUAGAAAAACUGCAGAAAGUUCAAAACUCAGCUGCUAGGCUAGUUUUUUAAAGGCCAAAAAAAAACGUGAUCACGUAACUCCACUACUCCAUUCCCUUCAGUGGCUACCUAUACAGGCACGCAUUGGCUACAAGUUGUCUGUUCUCUGUCACAACUUUUUCUUUGAUUUCUGCCCUUCAUAUCUAACCGAACUUAUUUCUGUCUAUUCACCCCUUCGACAGCUUCGCUCCUCUGCAGACACGCGUAUUCUGUCCGUUCCAAAGACACACACUAAAACAUAUGGGGAACGAUCUUUCUCUUUCUGCGCCCCCAAACAAUGGAAUUCUUUGCCACUACACAUACGCAAUAUACCAACCACCCAGGCCUUCAAAACUGCACUCGAAACACAUCUUUUUAAAUUAUACUACCCUGACUGAUUCCCCUCCUCUGACCGAUAAACGAUCUUGCUGGCUGCCGUCCAUGGUUUGCCUUGUAAAAGUUAUGUGGUGGGGUGGGUGAAUAUACAUUGCUGUUCUUUAUUUCAUAAAUGUAUUUUGUUUAAAUGUCAUGAUUAUGUCUCUUUUGAUAACAUUUUUAAGUACAGCGCGGUGAGCCCAGCCCUAGGCUGGGGUACCGCGCUAUAUAAGACCCCUUAUUAUUAUUAUUAGUUAUUAGUAUUCCACCGGGGUCAAGAUCCAAAUGGGAAACUGGAUCCCACCGAAAAACGGGAUCUAGACUGGAUCGGGAUUAGGUUCCUAUCAUGAAUACUCCGGGAAGCGGGAUGCCAUCGGAAAACGGGAUCCCUUUGUGAUCCCAUCGGGGAACGAAAGGUUUACACAAGUUAUUUCAUUUGUUUUUAUAAGAGACAAAUUAAUUAUUAUUUUUUAUUUACUACAGCUGUGUGUAUAUUUUUUUAAACAUUUCGCUUAAUUUCAAUGUGAAUAAAAAGGCUGGAGUAGGUGUUUUUUUGCGAAUGCAAUCCCGUGCAACGCUGGGUAUAAUGGCUAGUGUUUAAUGAUGAGACACAAAGUUAGGAAAUAUUUUGAACAAGUGAAUUGAUAACUGUAAACAAACUGUUUGCAACAAAGUAAAUUGACACCUAGCUGUGCUAUAAUAAUAUAAUUAUAUAAAUAAAUUAAAUGAACAGCUGUCUAUACUACUACACUGUUACCAUCUGUACAAAAUUUAGGUUGGUGUUGUGACAUUUGUGAUGUUUCGAUAAAGGAUACUUUUAUUUAGAAUAGUGAUAGGACAAACAAGGAAUGUGAUAGGACAAACAAGGAAUGUGAUGGACAAACAAGGAAUGUGAUAGGACAAACAAGGAAUGUGAUAGGACAAACAAGGAAUGUGAUAGGACAAACAAGGAAUGUGAUAAGACAAACAACAGAAGAAGAAAGAUACCCUCACGGUGAAAGGGAAACAACUUUUACCAGAAAAGAUAUCUACCCCUAUUAAAAGAAAGUAAUGAAUGAUUGGGCAGGGUAUGAAUGGGAGGUAAUCCUGUGAAAGAUCGGCUUAUGGGAAGUUUGGCGGUGGUUUUGUUGCCCUUUUAUAGAUUGGCUCGAUUGCUUUGUUCCUUGGAUGGCUAUACCGCUGCCAUCUUGGACUGGUGGGCUUAGUUUGACAAUAAUUGAACACAACUGAAUGUGUCUUGAUGGUGGGCUCGUCCUGAUAAAGCUGGUUUUAUUAUGAGUUCAACGAGUUUAAACUUGCCUUCAAUACUUUUGUUUUGAAUUGAGUCUAUCAUUUCCGGUAGUUGUCGCAGCAGAUGUUAUUUAUCACCACGUAUUGUGUUUUCAUCUUCUAUGAUAUUAUUUACAAGAAAUUAAAUGUAAUAAAAAAGAAAUUUAAAUUAAUAACUUUAAAAAACUUACAUCACAAAUAAACAAAAACAAACAAAUGAAAUGCUUGAAUAGCUUGAACACCAUAAGUAUAAUAAUUUAUUAAUAGUUAUUUCCAUUGAUUUAUACUUAUGAUCUGCUCUUGUCUGCCCACAGAUCUGUCUUUGUCUGUGUCGUCAUGUUUAUCUUCAUGGCGGGAACCUUCAGUAUGACAGCCAGACUUCCACCAGCAAGAGAAUCCUAUUCCCCCUACGAAAACACGAAAUCCUACGUCAUCAAAAUAAGAAACGCCGCACCAUUUCCGGUGUGGGUGGAUUUGAUGACCGUCGACUCCAUUGAAGGUCGCGACAUCGCAGACGACACGAAUAUUUUAAAAAAUGUCGCCCAUGACGAGGCUCUGGACAUGAAACCUGGCGACUUCUAUCACGUGGACGAUGUUCAGGUUGUCAACAACGCCGACCUUAACCUUCGUUACGAGGACCUAAGUCUGGUCCACCAGCCUAAAGUUCGUCUGGCGCACGGCCAGGUUAGGCUCAGGAUGAAAUCAAGCUUGGACGCCCAGAGCCAACAAUUACAGGCUCACGGUCAGACAGAGAGCAGACUUGUGAGACAGACCGAAAGUGGGUCAGACAGAAGACUCGUAAGACACAAACGAAGUCUUGAGAACAGUAUUAGAAGCAAUGUACGGACUGGAAGUGAUGAGACAGGAUUUCAUCGAAACAAAGAUGUGGAAAGUGUGCUAGGAAAUAGGAAUUCUAUGGGUCAUCCGGCAGAUGGCGACGACAAUCGCCACAUGAGAUCAAGAGGGAGCCCGAGUGUCAACAAAGACAGUGACAUGCACAAAGAUCAAAACAACAAAGAAGUGCAACACGCCGUGACCAACACCCAAGAAAUAAUCCGUAGUUACGGAGCACACAAAAACAUGAGUCGAAGGUUGUGGCAUUUUCAUAAGAAAAAUAACCAAUCAGAAAUCUCCCCCGCGACCCACCAACCCGAGAUAUUUCAAGGAAUCACCGCCACAGUCAAGCCACAGAGAACCUCGGAGCACUACGAUGUGGUCUUCAUCAAGGUCCACAAAGCCGCCAGCACGACGGUCCACAACGUCAUGAUGCGGUUCGCCUUGUCCCGUCAACUCGACGUCAUGCUGCCCAAGCGGUCCAACAUCAUCACGGAGAUGGGAUCGCUAAUCAACCCGGAUGAUAUCCUCCCGUCACCCCCAAACCUUAAGUUCAACAUGAUCUGUAACCACAUUGUCUACAACCGCGGCCAGAUCUCCAACUUCAUGAAAUCUCCUGACCGAACCGUUUACAUUGGGAUCGUACGAGAACCUUUCGAACAAUUCGUUUCGGCGUUUUAUUACUACCUGAACACAUUCCAGAGACCACUUUUGGUCCAGAUCGCCAUGGAUCACCCAAGGAACCCCAUCCGUGGGUUCCUGGAUAACCCGUUGAAGUACGUUGACGUACCCAAGUACGAUUAUGGCGUGACCUACAUCAACAACCGGAUGUCGACAGACUUCGGCUUCCCCAUGUGGAAUCUGGAGACGGACAAACAUCGAGACGACUUCAUCAAGAAAUUUCUCAAGGACACCGCGGAGAACUUUGACCUCGUCCUAGUGGUGGACAUGUUUGAGGAAUCCCUUGUCAUGAUGCGGCGUCUUCUCCGGUGGAAGGUCAAGGACAUUCUUUACAUCCGGGCCAACACGAAAUCUGAAGCGGAGAAGGCGCAGAACUUACAUUUUCCUUGGAAGACGAACGUCCAGUUUUCAGUGGAUGAUGUCAAGAACCACAGGCUCUACUCUCCGGUCGACCAUGCCCUCUACGAUUAUUUUAAAGCUCUCCUGGUUGAGAAAAUUAAAAACCAGCCUCCAGACUUCACGGGGGAGGUAAAAAUGCUGAAAGUCCUCCUAAAGGACGUGGCGUCUUUUUGCGAAACUUUGGAAGAAGAGAGUUUAGAUCUGCAGGAAACAGAGUUACUCGUCCCUGGUAACCAAUGGACGGAUGGUUUCAAAGUAAGCUCCCAGGACUGCAGGCUGUUGAAACUCAGCGAACUGGACAUGAUAGAUUUGGCGCGCAGAACACAGGAAAAAAAAUACAAUUCCUGAAAUGAGACAGUUUAUUAUAGAUAAAAUACUGAAAGUAAACACGUGAAAUUCAUUAGCCCUGAAACAAACUAUGCAGUGCAUAAUUGAUCUAAGCAUAAGAAUGUCUUUGAUACCACAAUUCUUAUAAGAAAUGACCCUUCGAGCUGGACUCGACAUUUGUUGGUGACAAAUAUCACGUGGGUUUCGACAUUGACAGAACCCAAUGAUUUUGAUUGGUUAAUUCUGUCCUAACAUUAUCCAUCAUUAACUGCCAUAAUGGUCAAGCUGAAAACUGUUGACCACUGGUGUUCCUAUUACAAACAAUUUUUUACAGCUGCCUGCUCGCUGGUUGAGCCCGGCACAAUUUAGUAUUGCAUAUUAUUCGCUAUGUCAAGAUAUUAUAAGGUAUUUUUGAGUUAACGUCCUCCAUGCUACGAACUGUAAUAAGAGAAAAUAUCUCAUAACAUGCACUCUUGCAACCCUACACCAAUCACACUACUGUGUUCCACAGCCCCAGCCCCAGCCUGUUCAGCGUCCCCCAAAACGGGUCUGAUCUACAGAAUGGCCUAUAGACAGAUGGCAUCACCUACAAAUUGCUUCACCUACAUAAGGGCCCACCCGCAGAAAGUUCCACUUACAAAAUGUCCCAAUUACAGAAGGCCCACCUACAAAAUUCACAACCUAUAAAUGCCCAACCUAUAGAAGUUUCCGAUUUCAGAGCAGCCUACCUACAGAAAGCCAUUAUACUUAUGGUCUCACCUACAGAAAGCCCACCUACAGAUGGCCCCACCUACAGCAGACCACACCUAAACAAAGGGCCCCUUCUCAUCCCAAAUGCCAAUGACAACAUAUCCGAAAAUGCCAAUGACAACUUAUCCCAAAUGUCAUAUGUUAAAAAGAAACAUGAGAAGCUUAAAGUCACAAAUUUAAUAAUAUGAAAACAAUAUAUUUAACGACGACCCGAAUAUCAACCUGAUCCCCAGCCCUUUCCACUGCACAUUCCAAUCUACCAAAGCCAUUCCGCUCUGUUCCCUCUCUAGCAUCAACUCGUUCUAUUUUUAAAUCUCAGUAUUGACCUUGACCUCACAGGCAUGCUAUGUUCUAAGUCUUAUUGCAAUGCUCACUGUACAUAUAUUUUAUUUUAGAAAUUCACAUAGGCUGAACUGAAAGUGAAAAUGCACAAUUAUCCUUUUGUGACACGAAUAGCUCCAUUUGGCUGGCCAGUGAAGAUAUUUCAGUUUCGAGCUCUUUAAGGAAUUGGUUUUUUUAUUACAAACGACUUCUUUCCCUUGAGGCAAAGGAUGACUUGAAAACGGUAAUUGAUCCUACCAAAGUAUGACUUGAAAACGGUAAUUGAUCCUACCAAAGUAUGACUUGAAAACGGUAAUUGAUCCUACCAAAGGAUGACUUGAAAACAGUAAUUGAUCCUACCAAAGUAUGACUUGAAAACGGUAAUUGAUCCUACCAAAGUAUGACUUGAAAACGGUAAUUGAUCCUACCAAAGGAUGACUUGAAAACGGUAAUUGAUCCUACCAGAGGAUGACGUAGACAGGAAUGCGGAUCAAUUGUGUCAGUGUAGUUGUUAGAGUCAUAGCAAUGAAUCUCUUUCAUUUUAAGUUUCAAGUCAAGAAAGUAACAUUGAUUUUUUAUUAAAAAAAUCUUGAGUGAUGAUUUAGAAAUAUUUCAGAAAAUGAUUUUGUAGUGAUCCUCAAAACAAAUGGCAACCUUAAUCCCCAAUGUAGCACAGUCCGAGCCGAAAGUCCAACCAACUCUCAAGUGGAAUGUUUUAUCAUAAAGUCCAACCAACUCUCAAGUGUAAUGUUUUAUCAUAAAGUCCAACCAACUCUCAAGUGGAAUGUUUUAUCAUAAAGUCCAACCAACUCUCAAGUGUUUUAAUGUUUUAUCAUAAAGUCCAACCAACUCUCAAGUG